AUGAUUGUCACUUCAAAUAUAGUGAAUGACUUGAAUACUGCAUUUUAACUCAUCAAUAUGGGUACUAAUGAGAAAAUCAGAUAAGGAGAAUAAUUGUUAUAGUAAAUUAGAGGUGAUAUAUAAUAUCCUAAAGUGUUAUUUGAUUAUUUCUAAGCUUAUGAAAUUAGUUUAGGUCUUCGAGCGGCAAUUGAAUUAAAAUUAUGGUUCAAAGAUUAUCGUAAUUUUGAUGAUUACUAAGCAUAAUAUGUUCAAAGUGUAGUCUAAACAAUCAAGUAACAUAUUAUUAGAGCAUACAUUAUGUCUGAGGCACCUUUAAUUCAUUAAUUGAAAGAUGCUAUUGUUUAUGUUGCUUAAAGAGAUUUUCCAACUUAAUGGCCCACUCUUAUGGCAGAUCUAAAUUAAUUCUUAACUCAUCCAGAUUAUGUGUACAAAACUGUGAAGCUCAUCUACAAAUUGACUGAAAAAUAUGUUUACUAAUCAAGAAGCGAUCCAUUAUAUGAAGAAAUCAUUAUAACAUGUGACACAGUCCAUAAUAACUUGUUAUUAUUGGCUAAAUCAUUAAUAUAAUAAAUAGAAGCCCUUCAAAAUUUGUAAUUAUCAUAUGAAAUUCUAAAGACAUUAUUAAAAGUUUUUUACAAUUUAAAUUUUUAAGUAAUUUAAAUAAAUGAUUAAAUAAUUUAGGAUUUGCAUCCCCAUUUUGAAGAUAACCUUUAAUCUUGGAUGGAAUUUAUGAAAGUUGUUCUUCGUUUAUAACCAGUCUAAGGUGUUGAAUAAUUUUUAUUCAAAUGUAAAGGUGAAGCACUUAGAUGUGUUUUAUUGUAUGCAAUGAAAUAUCGUGAUGAUUUUGGUGAUUUAAUAUAAGUAUUCUCUAGUGAAAUAUGGAAUGUUUGUACUUAGACAAGUUCUGGAAGAGAUAGUGAUAAAGUAAAAUGAAAAAAAUAAUAAUUUUAGAUUGUAUUAUGUGCUCUUAGAUAUUUCAAGACUUUAAUUGCUUGGUAAGAUAUGAAGGCUUUUUUUGAAUAGAAUAUAAAAGUUUUAAUAGAAAGUCUUAUUAUAAGGAAUUUAUCUUUAUCAAGUAAUUCAACUUAAAUAUUCAAUAGAGGAUGAAAUUGGAAUGUUUUCAGAUGAACCAUAAGAAUUUAUUGAAAAGUUUUUUGAAUAAAGUGAUUUAGAAUCAAGAAGAGCUUAGGCUGUUGAACUCUUUAAAACAGUUACUAAACAUUUUAAUUAAUAGGUUAAUCUAAUUAUUUAAGAAUAUCUGUAUAUAUCUAUGAAUUAUAUAUUAUUUUAGAUAAGCUUAUAUUCAAUCAGGAAUGAAUGGAAUUGAUAAUGAAAUUAUUCUUAUAAAUUUAAUCAUAGAAGCUAGUACAAGUUCAUUUACAUCAAAGGAUGGAACUAUAGAUAUAAUUUUAUCAUAAGAAAAUGUACUUGGAUUUUAUAAUCAUUGUUUAAAACCUAAAUUAGGAUAAAUAUUUGAAUUACAAUAGUAAAAUUAAUCAGUUGAAUAAAAGUUUACUCCAAUUCAAUUAGCUUUCUAUUGUAGGUAUUUAUUCUAUUUCAGAAAUGUUAUUGAUAAAGUUGAAUUACCAACAUUAGCUACUUUAGUUUCAAAAUUACAACUAAGUAAAAAAAUUACAUUAUCUAAUAUUGCAUGCUAUACAGCAUAUUCAUUAAUAAAUGUUAGAUAAGAUGUCAAAAAUUAUGCUAAUUAAUAGUUAUAUUUUGAAAAUGUAAAUAUUUCUUAAUAUUUACAAUUGAUUUUGACUGACUGUUACAAUAACAUAAAAUAAUAAUAAAAAUUAGAGACAUACAGUUUAAAACUUACUAAUUCAUUAAUCAAUUUAUUAAAAUAAGAAAUUUUUAAUGCUAUUGCUGCAUUAAGCAAUUUAUUAUAAGAUUUACUUAAGAAUAUCAAACUUGAAUAUGAAUUUCAAAAUGUCCAUCUAGUUUUUGAAAUUAUUGCAAGUGUUAUUGAUGUAUGUAUAAUUGCUAAGAAUUCAGAAGCUGCAAAUUAAUUAUAAUAGAGUAUUUUGAAUUAACUUGAUGAAUUAUUAAGAGAAAAUAAAGGUGAUGUUACUAAUUUUGUUUUAUAGAUUUAUUCUCUUUUUUUAUAAGUGUAAACAAAUGCUACUUCAUAUUAUUAAAAUCUAUUAUAGAAUUUUCUAGAAAUUUAAAAUUGGAAUGAAUCAAACUCAUCUUUAUUUUAAGCAUAUAUUAUUUUUUUUUAGUUUGGAUUUUAAGGAACUAAUUUACCUACUCCAUAAUUAUAAGCAAUACUUAAAUCAAUUGUCUCACAUAGUACUCCAUAAUAUACAGAAUUAUCCAAAUUUCUCAUAAAAUAAAAUUAAUAAUGGACAAAUAUUGUUUUAUCUGUUAUUUUUGAAUAAUACUAAAUAUAAUAAUAAUCUUAACCAUAAAUAUCUUCAAAAUCAAAGGCAACACAUUUAAGUUAACGAUUAAUUAAUAAAGAAGUAUUUCUUUUACUUGCUCAUAUCUUUGCUAUUUAUGGAGUAGAAAUACUUGUCACUGAAUGUUCUAAGAUAUCUCCUUAAUUAUUAGAGAGUUUUUUAAUAAAUGAAUUAGGAAUUAUUAAAUCUAUUUCUUAAAGAAAUGAAAGAAAAUUAAUUUUUACUAUGUUAUCAUCUAUACUAUUUAUAGGAUCGUAUAUUAUUUAUUUUAUAUUUUAGAUUCUUGACUUAAUAAUCAUGGAAUCUUGUUUUCUAAGCUAUGGUUGAAAAUAUAACACUUAAAAAAAGAAAUCCACUAAAAUUUAUGGGAAGAGUUACUGAUAGAGAAGUUACCUCAAGUUCUGGAUUUUAACCAUUAAAACCUGUUAUUGCUAGAAAUGUAUUAUUUUUAUAUUAAUUUUAAGUCUACUGAUAAACUAUUAAAUGAUGAAGACAAAUUAUUUAGUGCUCAAUUCAAAACUUAUUAUAGUAAUCCAAUCGUAUAAUAGUAAUUACCAAUUCAAUAAUUAUUAACUCAAUAAUAAUAAGAGUUAUUAAGUAAUUUAAUACAAUCUGUUUGA